AUGCCUCCUCUUCCGCCAUCAGCAAAUCCCCUCCCCCGGUUAGUCACAUACUACCAAACCCAUCAUGACUCCUCAGGAAACCUCAUCUCUCCGUUGCCCCUCAUCACACAACCGGGCAUAGCCAUCACUCACGUCAUUGUCGCCGCCAUCCACAUAAACGAGGAUCCUGAGAAGAUCACGCUGAACGAUUAUCACCCGUCUCAUCCUAUCUUCCAGACAAUGUGGGCAGAGCUGCGUGUUUUGCAAGCUUCGGGCGUCAAGGUCAUGGGCAUGUUGGGCGGUGCUUGCCAGGGUAGUUAUGCACGUCUAGAUGCUGACCAGGACACGUUUGAUCGGUUCUACGGUCCUGUGAGAGACAUGAUUCGAGAAAGGGCCCUCGAUGGUUUGGAUCUGGAUGUUGAAGAGGAGAUGUCACUGGGUGGAAUCGUGCGGUUGAUUGAUCGUCUUCGCAACGACUUUGGUCCAGCUUUCAUCAUCACUCUCGCCCCGGUCGCCAUGUCUCUGAUCGACUUCAGAAGGAACCUCAGCGGGUUUGACUACGAGGCUCUGGAAGUUAUGCGUGGUCGCGACAUUGCCUGGUACAACACCCAAUUCUACUGCGGCUGGGGAGACUGCAGCAACCCACUCAUGUACGAUCUCAUGGUCCAAAAAGGCUGGCCACCAGAGAAGAUCGUCAUUGGACUCCUCACCAACUCAGAGAAUGGACACGGUUACGUGCCGUUCAACCCUCUUAGUAUAGUGCUUACCACAUUACGGGGACGGUAUGGAAAGUUCGGGGGUGUAAUGGGAUGGGAGUACUUCAACAGUUUGCCUGGAGGAAAGGAGAGGCCUUGGGAGUGGGCGAGAGAGAUGACCAAGUUAUUGAGGGGGCAUAUCCUUUCGGGGCCAACACAGGUGACACAGCUGGCCCAACAAGAGCAACCCCUCGUAGUGGAGGGUGCCGCUAAAAAGAACAAGGAGGUCGAUCCAGAUACCCCAGGUGGAAAAGACGUACCACUACCGAAGCAAUUUGACUACUACACGGAUGGCUCUGAUGCAUAG